CUUCGAUUGAAUAACCCCCAAUUCUCCAAGAUGUCAUCGGUAAAGUCCCCAGUCAUUAAAUCAUUACUGCGUGGUCACUCUCUGUUCCUGCGAACCCAGCAGAGACGCUGGGCGCAGGUUCAUGAUGUCCGUUUCCUCGCCACCCAUCACGACCCCAGUCAUGUCUUGGAAAAGUACCGGUCGAAGCUGGCGCAAAAGGCGAAGCAGUGAGUUGUUUUUAUUAUGGUUUCAGCCUGGUUUGUUCACAAGUAUAAGUGUCUAAUACCAAAUAAAAGGGAGGGCCAUGGCUCAAUCGAAUCUUUAAAAGAGGCAUAUAAGGAUAAGAUUAAUGACCUGCGCCAAAAAGCAUCAACAGCUGCAACUCCCGAGCCUUCUUCUCCUUCCCCUACAACAGCGAAAGCAACAAUCCACCAUCCACCACCUCCUCCCCCUCGUCCUCAAUCGGCCCCAGCUAAAUCCGGCGACGGUACCGGCAUCAAGCCCCUCAGCUCAUACCUAGACGUGGAAAAGGUCCUCACCCUUCCACCCAAGGAAAUCGAAGCCCUCUGGCGUCUCCGUCACGCCAAUAACCCCAACUCCAUUUGUGCAUGUAUUCCCCUAGAAACAUAUAAGCGCAUCGUAUCCGCCGCACGACAACACCCACAGUUUAUCCUCCCCUUACCUCGACAGACGGAGGUCCCGUCAACGGAAAACAGUGAGAGCGAAGACGCUUCCAAGAAAACAACAACAGCAACAGGCGCAGACAUUCACUUUCUGCAAUGGGCGUUCCAUCCCCCAGCCUCUAGGCCCAACUCAGCUCCUCCUUCCGCGCAGACCGCUAAUACUCACACUUCCACGAUUAUCUUCACGCAUCUCGGCGCGUAUAAACUCCACGGCUCCUUCGCAGAACCACAUACAACAAUUACGCACCAUCUUGAUUUAGCGGAUGAGAAGGGUCUUGUCCUCAUGCACGGCCAGGUUAUGCCGGAUCGGGGCGUGUCUACUUCGGAGGCGUCUUGGCUCGUUAGUUGUGUGCAGCGGUUUUACGAUUUCGGGGGGCAGGCUAAUGGACGGAAGAGCGAGCUGCUGCAAUCAUUCACAAAGGGCGAUACGGAGAAUUUCAAGGUUGAGGACUUGGUGGAGGAGAGCGAGAAGCUAUAGUUUUGGGAGUCUAAUGUGGGCUUAGUGGCAUUCUUACACUGUGAUUGAUUACUGCCUAGAAUUUUUUCAUGAAAUGCAUAUAUCUAUUGAUUGGAGUCAUAUAUACCAAUAGUUGAAUAUAUGCAUACUCUACACAGUGUAAAGAGACUCUGGGUUGAAGCUCUACUACCUAUGGGAAUAAUUACGAUUACAAUUCUAUAAUUCUAGACA